AUGAUGCGAAUCGCCAUUUUCGAUGUUAGCCACUGGCAUUUUCCGCUCUACAUUCCCGUCUUGACCGAUCCUGGCAUCACACUCGUUGGCAUCUGCGAUGACAAGGGGUUUGCGGGUCCCGAAAUGGCUCGCCGGCUCGACUGCCCGCUACUGUCGCGCGACGAAUUGCUCGAUCUCGACUUUGACUUCGCAAUGAUCUUCAGCCGGCACUCCGAGAUGGCGGCGACCGCCCGAAUGGUCAUCGACAAAGGACGGCCCUUCCUGAUUGAAAAGCCCUGUGGGCUGAACACAGCCGAGGUUGCUGCGCUGCGUCUAGCAGCGGACAAGGCUGGCCUCUUUGUCGCCGUCCCGUUUAUCCUACGUGUGAGCGACUUAGCGCGCGAGCUCAGUCAGAGUGGUACGCUGUCGCCUACUGGCUACCGGCAUCUGUCGUUUCGCUUCAUUGUCGGAUCGUCCACUCGAUACGAAACAAAUGGCUGCGAGUGGAUGCUGGCCAAAGCCACGGCUGGCGGUGGAUCCGUCCUCAACGUCGGCGUGCACUUUUUCGAUCUCCUAGAAUCGCUGACCGAAAGUCGAAUCAUCUCGGUCACGGCGCAAACGAAGACAUUCCGCAAAGACAUCGACAUCGACGAAUUGGCCAUGUUUACACGCGAGUUCGGCUUUUCGGUCUCUCACGAUGCUGCAUAUCUCCAGGGAUUUGCCGACCAGAUCGUUGUAAAGUCCACCGACGGCGCGCUGCGGCACACGACUGUCGAGUAUAACACCGAUCAAUUCUAUCCCGUCUUUUUCCGCGACGCGCUCGCACGUUGCCGCGCAGGCCGGCCGCCGCUUGUCGGUCUCGAGGAGGCGCUGCGCGCAUUGUCAGUCGUCGAGGCGGGAUAUCGUUCAGCCGAGCAGGGUGGCGCUCCGGUUGCGGUACCGCAGGUUUAG